GCUUCCCCUUCCGGCCGUGCCGGGGCUCCUGUCAACAUGGCAGCGGCGGGCGAGCGGCGGCGGCGCCUCCUCUGGGUGGCAGUGGUAGCACACGUGGUGGCGUCCGGUGCGGGAUUUGUGGAGGACCUGGAUGAGUCGUUUAAAGAAAACCGUAAAGAUGAUAUUUGGCUUGUAGAUUUUUAUGCACCUUGGUGUGGCCACUGCAAGAAACUGGAGCCUGUGUGGAAUGAAGUGGGUAUAGAAAUGAGAAACAUGGGCUCUCCAGUAAAAGUUGGGAAGAUGGAUGCAACUUCCUUUUCUAGUAUUGCAUCUGAAUUUGGAGUGCGAGGCUAUCCAACAAUUAAGCUCUUGAAAGGUGACUUGGCAUACAACUAUAGAGGACCUAGAACUAAAGAUGAUAUCGUUGAAUUUGCUAAUAGAGUAGCAGGACCGCUUAUCAGGCCACUUCCUAGCCAGCAUAUGUUCGAGCACGUGCAAAAGAGACAUCGUGUACUUUUUGUGUAUGUUGGUGGUGAAUCUCCUUUAAAGGAAAAAUACAUUGAAGUUGCUUCAGAACUAAUAGUUUAUACAUACUUUUUUUCUGCCUCAGAAGAUGUGCUGCCUGAGUAUGUGACGUUGCCUGAAUUGCCAGCUGUUCUGGUCUUCAAAGAUGGAACUUACUUUGUUUAUGAUGAGUAUGAAGAUGGUGAUUUGUCAUCCUGGAUAAACAGAGAAAGAUUUCAAGGUUAUCUUACUGUGGAUGGCUUUACGCUAUAUGAGCUUGGAGAUACAGGAAAACUUGUGGCUAUUGCAGUCAUUGAUGAUAAAAACUCUUCAGUGGAACAUACCAGACUAAAAUCUAUUAUUCAGGAAGUUGCUAGAGAUUAUCGAGACCAUUUUCACAGGGAUUUCCAGUUUGGCCAUAUGGAUGGAAAUGAUUACAUUAAUAGUUUACUAAUGGAUGACUUGACAAUCCCUACUAUCGUUGUAUUGAAUACCUCCAAUCAGCAGUAUUUUCUACCAGAUAGGCACAUUGAGAACACAGAAGACAUGGUUCAGUUUAUUAACAAUAUCUUGGAUGGUACAGCUGAAGCACAGGGUGGUGAUGGACUUCUGCAACGAGUCAAGAGAAUAAUCUAUGAUGCCAAGUCUACUGUCGUGUCUGUGUUCAAGAGUUCACCACUUCUGGGAUGCUUUCUCUUUGGGUUGCCCCUGGGGGUCAUCAGCAUUAUGUGUUAUGGAAUCUGCACAGCUGAUACGGAUGGAGGGAUCGAUGAACAUGAGGCAGCUAAAAAGGAAAACGGUGACCAGGAGCUGACGGACGAAGGCAGUGAGGAGGAACAGGAGGAAAAGAACGGAAAAUAUACAGAACUUUCAGAUGGAGAGCUUAAACAGAAAGACAUAAUGGAAAAGAAAAAAGACUAACUUGUUUAGCAAAAGAAUUCUCUAGAAUUUCCAAAUAGACUUAUUUAUUGAAGGUAGUCAUUUAUUGAUGAUCUUCAUGAAAGAGGACCUUUUUGUCUGCAUUAUGGUAGUUUUGACUUGCAUGUAUUCAAAUUUUCUCAGAAAUUGACAGAAAAAAGUAUAUGGAUGUUCUCUUAAUUGUCUUUAAUAGAUUAAAAAAGAGCAAUUUAAACUGAAGGAAUUUGCGGGUACAAUUCUACACUGUUUUGGUUUUUUUUAAUUUUUGAAUUGCUCAUUUCCAGAACAGUGAGAUAAAGAUGAUAUCUCACCUUGAUGUAUGUGAUGAACUACUUCUAUGAACUAUUCAUUCAUAUAAAAUUAAAGCUGAAAAAUAAGAAAGAUUAAGAGAUCUGUAAAGUCUUUCAGACCCUGAUAGCUAAAGACAACUUAGAGUUUUCCAAGAAGUCACGUGCCCUACCUGUUACACACUAUUUUGGAAAAAAAACCCAACUUUUCUGUUUUCUCAAGUUAAAUGUAAGUUAUUAAGAAUUAGAGGACUGUUUUACCAUGUAAUAAUAUAAUUAUUGGCAGUCAGAAAUGUUUACUUGAUAUAGGAUGCGGGAGAUAUAUGCAAAAUUAAGUCUUCAUUAGUGCUUUAGCAGCUGAAAAUACUGAAAAACUACGUUAUAAACAUUUUAGAACAUGGUUACCUGUUAAAUUGUUUUGUAUGUGUGCUUACACAAACUUGUAGUGCAGACGAUCUUUGUUUUCUGAAUCCAAAGUAAAACUGAUAAAGGAAGACACAAAUAUAAGCACCCUCUGACUACACUUAACUCUCCAAUGACAAGCUUUUUGAAUGGUGUACAUUUGCUUCACGGUAUUUGGUUCAGAUUGUUAUAUAUCUUUGAGCUAGUUGGUGUUGAUACUUUUGUUUGAGACUGUUACUUGCUCUGAAGGUGGGAGUUAAUGGAGCAUAAGGUUAACAUUCAUAGAGAUUGGUCAGAAUAAUUCCUCUUUUUCUUUUACCUAUUUAUUCAUAAAAGUCCCUUUUAAUACAACUCUGUGACUGUGCAAAGGACUAAUUUUUUCUAGGGUUAAAAUCUCCAAGGAUAAGCUAUAAAAUAGCCUUUGGCAUUGAUGUCAUGGAGAAUACCACAGAAAUAAAACUUACAUUGCUCUUCCUCUUAGUAUUCAUGCUGGGUUUCUCCUAUUUUUUUUUUUUUUAAUAUUUUAAAGGCUGCAUUACUGUAUAAUACAGGUUAUGACAUCCUCCUUAUAAGGCAGCUUGAUCACAUAAGAAAUUACUAUGUUAUAGCACUAAAUCCAGGAAUUUUAAAUAAAAAACCACGGGUAAGCCUAAGUAGAAAAGUUCUAUGUUUGAGUUAACCUGGUGAUGAUAGAAGUCAUAACCAGGGAAAAUGUAUUGCAUCCUUUUUGCCUCUAGGAAAGAAACUUCUUUCUUCUGUUUAAGUAGCUUGGUAAUAGCUGGCUUCAUGUUGCAGUACAGAGUACAGUAAGUAGAUGCCUGACAUCAUAGAUUUUUAUCAUGCAGUAUAAACAAUAUCUAAGGAGAUUAGGUUGGUUUGGUUUUUUGUUAUUUUAUUUUCUUUUUUUCAGAAAAAUUCCACCCCUGAUUUUGUGUCCAACCUUUUCCCUUUUGGGAGGAGAGGAAAAAAAUGAGUUUGUAAAAUACUGAGUAGCAAGUGUCUUACAUGGAUUUUUUUCCAUUUUUGUUCUUUUUCCUGUUAUGAAUUGCCUUUUUUCAUUUUUUUUUAAUUAUUAUUAUAGCUAGUUAUAUGUAGUGACUUGAGUUUUCUUGCUUUUCAAUUUUUGGCAGAAUCUUUUAGGUGUAGUUUUAGUAUAUUUGAAGAGUGAGAUGUUUAAAAAUGUGUUUAGAACUUUUUUUAACAUGGUGUAGAAUCUUGUGUUGUUUAAAAAAUAAUAAAAAUCCCUUAAUAACCAGCCUGCAGAUUUCUUUGGACUUUAGCACGACUCAGUGCUGAUAAUCAAAAUGUAGGACUCCAAAGGCAGUAAUUUGAUUUCUUGAUUCGUCCCUUUUGUUAAGAUUUCAAAUACAGAUCCAUUACAUAGUUAAUUUUGGCUCGGGCAGGAAACCUGCAGUUUUUGACUUAAGGAAAAAAACCUGAAGUGGUCAUUGAAACACUGCUGUUCCUUCCAGGGUAUGCAGUUAAAAAAAAAUAUAUAUAUAAAAAAUUCUGAAUCCUGCUGCACUGUUUCAACUAUGAGCCUUUGGUUUUGUGGAUAUUUUUGUGUUUAUAACGAGUAGAAGCCAAAUAACUUGCUGAGAAAUCUGAGGUACGGACAUGAAUAUGAUAAAUACUGUGUGAGGAACAGAUCGCACCAGGAUCUGCUAAAACUGUGACAUUUAACUGCUCGAGUUGGGAGGAAAGCGUGCGUCAGUCACUUCUGAACUGUCAUAUCUAUCAGAUGUGUACUCAACUGUUGAAAGUUAAACUUGAAAUGUACUGCCAUUUUCACCAAGUCCUUCUCCCAGAUAUAUUCAAGAAGACCCAGGGAGAAGAAAAUCAUACAAGUCAUAUACCAGGUGCCAGCAGUGAUGUGAAAUUCAGGGCUUUGCUGUGGCCACUCAGUCUGGAAUGCUGGCUGACAAGAGGAUCUGGCAUUUUAUUUUGUUUUUCUUUAGUCUUUAAAGGUUUCUUAAAGCAACUUCACUGUAGUAACUUCAAAUUAAUGAAAUAAUGCUGCUUUUUUAAGUCAAGUGUAAGCCUUUUGGUUUUUUUCUGUAAUAAAAAUAUUUAAAAGA